AUGACUUCAACAUUCGGCCCAAUCGCCGAACAACACCAGGACAAAUUCGACCUCGGAAUCUGGCACGCGCUCUUCAACUGGAACAACCUCACCGUCGCCGUCCAAAACCAAUGGGGCGGCCCCGACUCCUCCGAUAAGCGCGACUGGCUCGCAGGCCAAAUCUCCGAACUCUUCGCCGCAGAACCGCUCACAGACCAAGAAGAUGUGGAAGUCGUCCUACUACAAGUCCUCGAGGACGAGUUCGGCGUGCGCGUAGAAGACGAGACCGAAGUCGCUGUCGCGCGCGAAAUCAUGGCGAUACGGAGGGAGAUUGGCGAGGGCAACACGGCGAUGGUGGAUGCGCUGCAGAAGAAGUGGGAAGAUCGGAAGGGCAAGGAGGUUGCGACUGGGAGUGUUAAUGUCAAGGAGACGAAUCAGGACUUUGAGGGGGAUAGUGUGGAUGAGGAGACGGAUGAGGAUGAGGAUGUGGAUAUGGAUGAUGCGCCUGCGCUUGUGCCUGCGAAACCGAAGGCGGCUAAGCCUGAGCCUGAGAUUGAUGAGGAUGGCUUUGAGACGGUGGUUAGCAAGAAGAAGAGGUGA